CUUUCAGUUAUUCGCCGAUAAUUGAUGUCAAAGGACGCAGUUGUGCUUCGCGUUCGCUGCUGUCGUCGCCGCCGUCGUCGUCGUCGUCGCCACCAUCGCCUCCAGUUCCAUACCGCAACAGCAUCCACAUCCACAUUUGCAUCCACAUUCACAUCCACAAUCGCAUCAACAUCCACAUCCUGUCGCCAUGCCCAAGGAGGAUCCAUUCGUAAAUCGUGCACAGCUGUUAAAGGCCAUCAAAAAGUAUCCAGAGAUUUGGGAUUCAAACAACAAGCUGCACUUGUGCCGCAGCGUCACUUCGCCCAUGUGGAACGAGAUCGCCGAACAGUUUGGCGGUCAUGUGCCUACAGUGAAAUUGCAGUCAAUUUGGAGCCAAAUGAAGUAUCAUUAUCAUAACUUGGUGCAUCGUCAGAUCCUGCACAAGGAGCGCUUCAAUACCAAAUGGGAACACUUUGAGCCCAUGUCCUUUAUGUACAACAUAACCGUGGCCAAGAUUGUGGGCGCCCAAUCUAGCGCUGCCAGCUCUGAGACAGCGCCCCCUGCCGGCGAAUCGCCGUUGCAAGUGGGAGGAUCACCUUCAACGUUGCCGCCACCUCCAUUGCCAAGUGCCUCACAUGGACGGGGUCGUCCAAGCGGCAGCUUCAGUUGGUUGCAGUCAACUGCCACGACGACGCCUUCAACUCCACCGUCCACGACAGAGUUGCCACAUCUGAUCGCGCAGCCGCCCGCACAUGGAAUGAACUAUACCGCCUUCACCGGACUCGUGCCUCCGGCUGCUGUCACCGUGGAGGCAACGACCACGCCCCCUCGCAAACUGGGCCGGCCCAGUUCGUUGCACAACAGCAUGCGAGGUCGUAUCAUCGAUGCCAUUAAGGCGCGCCCCUCUCUGUGGGCGGGACGGCAGCGCAGCGAGAAGGGACAAGGCCAGAGCCGCACCUCCGCUGUGUGGAAGGAGGCGGCCACCGAGAUGGGUCUGACGCCAACUCUUAUGCAGACUCGUUGGUCGAUCAUCAAGCAGCGUUAUGUGGACGAGCUGCAGAAGGAGCGACAUUCUCAAUAUGGACAGCAGGGAUUUCGCUCCAAUUGGGAGCACUUUGAGCGCAUGUCCUUCAUGCGGGAGAUGCUGCUGAGAAAGGUGGACGAGCGGGAGCAGACACGGGAGCACAUCCAGGAGAUGGUCAGUGAGCAGCAGCAACAGCAGCAGCAUCAUCAUCCACAUCCACAUCCUCAUUCACAUUCGCAUUCGCAUCCUCAUCAUCAUCAACAGCAGCAGACGGGAGCUGGACACGGUCAUGCCCAGCAUUUGCAACUGUAUCGACCUCCAGGGCUGGCGGAGCAUGCGCAGGACAUGCCAAUUGGAUUGGUGCAACAUCAGCUGCCCCAUCAUGGCGCCCUACAUACGCAUCAUCAUCAUCAUCCGUUGCACGCAGGUGUUAGGCGACGUGUCAAGCAAGAAUCGGAUCUUGAAUGGGAUCCCUUCGAGAUGAUACUCCAUGUGCAGGGAAAUGGCGAACCGGCGGCCAACUGAAGCAAGACUGAGACCACUGUGAGAAUGCAAAAGCGAAUGGGUAGAGAGAGAAAGAGACAG